AUGACAAACAAAAAGACAAUUUACCCAGAGUUAGAAAAAGACAAAAUUAGCGAAAAAAUUAAAAGGAUAGUUAGAAGUUUGCCUCGCGAAUUAUUUGUAAGUGAAGAAUUAAGAGAAGAAGCUUACAAUGACUACCCUUUACCAAUCGGAUGUGAACAAACUAUUUCUCAACCUUCUUUAGUGGCUUACAUGACUGAAGCAUUGAACCUUGAAGAAACAGACCGAGUUUUAGAAAUCGGAACCGGAAGCGGAUUUCAAGCUGCAGUACUAGCAAAAUUAGUCAAAGAGGUUUAUACUGUUGAAAUCUAUGAUGAUUUAAGCAAAAAAGCAAACAGUUUAUUAAAUCAAUUAGAAUUAAAGAAUGUCAAAUAUCUUGUCGGAGAUGGCAAGAAAGGUUGGAAAACUUAUGCUCCUUUCGAUAAAAUUAUUGUUACUGCUACUGCCGAAGAAGUUCCAUUUCAAUUAGUAGAACAGUUAAAAAUAGGUGGAAGAAUGAUAAUUCCGGUCAAAAAGAAAUCAAAAGAAGGAGAAUGGUUAAUGCUAGUUGAAAAAACAAAAGGGAAGCCAAACAAUCCAAAUGCAGAAUUCAUAAUUACCAAAGACCUUAUUCCGGUCAGAUUCGUGCCACUAACUUAA